AUGUUUGCCGACAUACAAAAGACUCCAACACCAGAUGAAAAUAUUCAGCAUAGAAUGGAAGUACUGAAAAAAAAUGUACACAAAUACAACAACCCUUUUUACUUACGAGCAUUUAACGUUCAAUCUUCGGAUGAACUCGGUGAAGAUAAAAGGUUAAAUUUCAAGAAAACAUAUAGAAAUGAAACAUUGUUUAAAGUUCAUUCAGAACCUAACCAAGAUGGAAACAAACCUACUUUUGUUUCUGCAGACGAUGGAACUACAAUGAGAUGGGGUCAUAAAGCUAACCCGGAUAGGUGGUUCAUAAACUUACAACCUCAAUUCCAAGAAGUUGUAGACGCAAUGGAAGUCAAUGGUGAACCAGAUAUAGCUGGUAUUUUAAGCGCGGCUUUAAUGCCAUUGAAAGAUAUGAAACAUGCAGAUAUUUUGGACCAGUAUGAAAUGAACAUGGCUGAUGGAAAUAUAACACCUGACGUUCUAGAACAUUUAUCUCAAAGAACUACACAGAACCAUAGAGAUGGUAUAUUUGGUGAAGAGUUUAGAAAGAAAGUUAGGGAGAGAGAAGGAAGAGAACCUAUUGUACAUGACCUUGCAAACGAAAGUUUACAAAAUGUCAUAAAAACUUACUUUGCAGACAAUGAACCGAGAAGGGAUGAAUAUUUAAGAAAACUCAAAUGGACAGUACCAAAUGAAAUGUUAGUAUUGAAAAACAUGUUCCUUGACAAAAUAAAACCAACUACAGAAAUAAAUGACGCAAGACUGAAAGAUUGGGUAAAAGCUUUCCCAUUCACAAAAGAUAUAGUUGGUAACAUGGAAAGAAAACCAGAAUGGCUACAAAAACAUAUAUUUGAAACGAGCAUAUUCCAUAUGGACAGGCACU